CACUCCGGGGAGGUGGUGGGCUACUUUUGAAGCUCCUUUUGGCUAGUGGAGACAAGCUUUUCCCGAGCCCUUUAUGUACAAGUCCCUUUAGUACUUGGUGUGGUGAAUUCAAAAACUAGUUCUGCCUCUGGAAAGAAACUGAUAUGGCAAAUUCCACUCUUCUGGUUGCUCUUAAGAUACUUUUGAUUUUAAUAUUUGCUGCUUGGGUUUCUCUUUGGCUUCUGAAGCCAACACAGCUUUGGACAAGAAAAUGGAAGGCGGCUGAAGAUAAAGCAAGGGCUACAGUGUUUGGAUAUUAUGGUCUUAAUUUUGCUGUGUAUACAUUUCCUCCUAUUGCUUUGGCUAUUAUUGGAUCAUUCUACUUGAAUUUGAAGCCAAGGGAGUCAAUAAGAAGCAGAAAAGGGAGGAAAUUGACUGCUGGCUUCUCAAAUCCAUUGGUAGUGAACACCCUUCUGGGUGUUUUUUCCACUCUAGAAAUACUAGCAGUCUUCCUCUUUAUCCUCUUCUUAGCUUGGAAUUUUUAUGCACGCAUCUCAAAUGAUUUCAAGAACUUGAAGGCUGCUAAAUCACUAAUGCUGAAUUCAUGGCAACUCAAGUACCUAAAGGUGGCAACUCGGUUUGGUUUGUUAGCAGAAGUCUGCCUGGCUUUUCUUCUUUUCCCUAUAUUAAGAGGACUUGCCUUAUUUCGGUUGCUUGGCAUCCAGUUUGAAGCUUCUGUAAGAUACCAUAUAUGGCUUGGGACUGCAAUGAUAUUUUUUGCCACUUUCCAUGGUGCUAGCACUUUGUUCGUUUGGGGGGUCAGCCACUAUAUCCAGGAGGAGAUAUGGAAAUGGCAGAAAACCGGGCGGAUAUACCUUGCUGGGGAGAUCUGUCUGGUCACAGGGUUAGUGAUUUGGAUCACAUCACUUCCUCAAAUAAGGAGAAAACAGUUUGAAAUAUUUUACUACACACACCAUCUCUACAUGGUUUUUCUGGUAUUCUUCUUGUUUCAUGCUGGAGACCGUCACUUCUACAUGGUUUUCCCUGGAAUUUUUCUGUUUGGCCUUGACAAGCUCUUUCGAAUCAUACAAUCUAGACCCGAAACAUGCAUUCUUUCAGCACGAAUCUUCCCCUCCAAAGCUAUAGAGCUUAUUCUACCAAAAGAUCCAGGGCUCAAGUAUACACCAACAAGCAUUAUAUUUGUGAAGGUACCAAGUAUAUCCAAAUAUGAGUGGCACUCAUUUAGCAUUACUUCCUGCUCUAGGGUUGAUAAGAGCACAAUGUCUAUAAUGAUCAAAUCCGAAGGAUCGUGGACAAGUUCUCUCUCCCAUAUGAUCCAAACUAGGCAAGAGUCGGAUGGCGAUCAGACGAAGUACAUACCUAUUGCAGUAGAAGGCCCUUAUGGACCUGUCUCUAUGGACUUCCUAAGAUAUGACAGUCUACUUCUUGUUUCUGGAGGAAUUGGAAUAACCCCAUUUCUGAGCAUCAUACAGGAACUUGCUUCGUCCCAAAACAGCGGCAUAAACAAAUUCCUACCAAGAAUGCAGCUUAUAUAUGUUGUGAAGAAGUCCCAAGACAUUUGUCUGUUGAACUCAAUCUCACCUCUAAUAUUUGGCCAGCUAGCAGAAAAAUGCCUCCUGAAAGUUAAAGUCUUUGUGACCCAAGAAGAGCAGUCUGAUGCAACAGUAAGAGAACUACUAAACGAGUUUUCUGAAGUGCAAACAGUGAACUAUGGUACAAAGUUCUUGAAUUUUUCAAUCAGUGGACUCGAAAACUCACUUUGGAUGGCUGCCAUAGCUGGAAUUUCCUCUAUCCUGUUUCUCAUCUUUCUCAUUAUGUUCAACCACAUUUUUGUUCCCUCCCAGAAAAAUCCCACCAAAGAGAAGACUCCAUCUUGGGUUGUAGAUCUGCUUAUCAUAUCUUCCUUCAUUCUGGCAUUAAUAUGCAGCAUCUUUGUAGCCCUUGUUAUAAGAUGGAGAAGGCUAAAGAAACAGAUUCUUCCUACCCUCCAAGAACAAAGCAAAGCUUUAGAAAAAGGGUCAACACAAGCAAGUGAUGCUCUUGAGGAACAUGAAAUUCAUUUUGGAGGCAGGCCUAACUUUGAAGAUAUCUUUGCAAAGUUUCCAGAUGAGAAAGGUGGAUCUGAUAUUGGAGUGUUGGUCUGUGGACCUGAGACUAUGAAAGAAUCAGUGGCAUCAGUUUGCCAGAAAAAAUGUGGAGCUAAGAAGCAGAAACCCAAUUUCAGCUUCCACUCCCUCAAUUUCACACUCUAGUCUCACACCAGAAACCAUAAUAAAAAAAAGUGAAGAUAAUAACAGUUAGAUUUCCAUCCAAAAUAGUAUACAGAUCAAUCAACUCUAGAUAUUUGGUAUUUUAAUCAACAGGUUUGUGUGUAUCUAGAUUGAUCAGUUGUUGUAAUUGCUUCUUAGGCUUCCAAGAUAAUGAAUUUGAGCAAUGUACAUAUAUAUAUAUAUAUAUAUAUAUAUAAAUGUCUCUCUUUGUUUGUAGUAUAAAUAUGAACUUUAAUAAUUGGAACUU